AUGGAAGCCUAUGCUGCUGCGGAGCACCGUUGGCCGAAUUUCGGAAGCGUAAAUAAAAUAAGCGCAUCUGAGUGGUGGCGCGAAGUUGUAAAGAUAUCUUCUCGUAUCUAGCUUUGUGAGAUUAUACGAACCUUUCAGAACAGUUCAUCGAUUAGCAAGGCUGACGUCCGCCGUAUCCUAACAGUUGAACGAGCGAAUGAAAUCUACGAUUGGUUUGCGGGAUCAAGCCCCUGGGCCCUUAUGCCCGGGACACUUAGGGGUCUUGAUAAACUAGCAGACAUGGGGCUUUAUAUGUGCAUUCUAUCCAAUUCCGAUGAAAGGACUCCCAAAAUUGUUAAGAAUUUGAACAUCGAUCAGUAUUUCAAGGUAACAACCCGUAAUUCUUUUACUUAUCAUGCUCAUCGGCACCUGUUAGUCUUUGUUUUCGAUUCCAUGUUUUAUUAGAUGUGUUCAGUCCUUAAUAGAAUGUAUGACUUGUGAACGUUUAAAUUACUUGUCUUGUCGCUGAUUGAUGGUCACUUAAGAUGUCUGUAGCGACCUUACUUUACUCUCAAUAAGCUUGUACAUCGUACAGCUUGCUGUUUAUUGCAGAAGUGGUGACAAAAGUCGACCUUCAUUGCCCUUGUAGGCUGCAUUUUUACUUUUGUCUUUCGGUAAACUGACUGACCGUCAAUGGUUAGAUUUACCACUAACUCCGCAUUACCUAGGAGAAACACUUGUGACCGCAAUAUUAUUAUCAAUUGAUGCUCGAAUCCUGUGUGGGCACACUUGCCGCUGCCCAUCGUCUCCAUUCGCGGGGUUCUGGUGCCUCUAAAAGUGUCUGUGGAUCUGUGGGCGUGUUCAGUAAGACUGCCUUGAGAAAUUAUAGAAAACUAUAGAGGGGAAUAUGGGCUAUAUUAGGAUUAGAGCCUAUUCGCUUAACCACCUGAACACAUACGGGCGUGGCAACUAAAUGCGCAGGCCCCUUUUUCUGUCUACAUAACGCAUUCCGGCUGGCUGUUUACGUCAAUUUUCGAAGGUCGUGUCGUUUCAAGUACGGCGACCGAAACAUAUGACUACAACAUAUCGUCUGUCAAUGAAUUUUCGAAGUAUAAGUGCGCCGACUUGAUGUCGACUGCCACUGUAGAUACGAAACGUUCAAUUGGCUCAUGUCAGAGUCUUGCACGACGUAAGCCGCAUGCAUUUCUCAUUCUUUGGCGACACAAACGCGUCAUCGACUAACAUGGAUCCCCUCCUUCAUUCAUUUACAUCGUAAUUUCCAUCCUUGUUUCUUCGACAUAACCCUCCAGUGACCGUGAUGAACUUUCAUCGACUGAUGUUACUCAAGCAGCGAUAGUCGACAAUCUCCAUUUUCAUUCGUUUUUCACACGCGCAGUCGGGCCUUUACAAUCCUAUGGCAGAAGUGAUAGGAUCUUUGUGACGAUGUAAAUAUUACAACGGUCCGCGUCUGCCUUUGUUAGCCUUGCGGAUCUUUUACCAACAGCAUAAAUUUGAGCCCUUAUUCUGUUUAUUUAGCGUUAACUUCGUUCCCACAUACUUCUUCAGACUGAGACAUUGCUCCCGACGUGUGCUUUCUUGUCCACAUUAUGGCCCAAAAACACAUUAGUCUUCCAAGUUAUUGACGGAUGGAACGACUGGUUUAGCGAACUCACCCACCUGCAUUCCAGAGGUCAUCACAAGUUGGCAUUGGCAGAGCGAUAUCGUCAGCGUAGUCGACGUCAGUCAGCCGGCGUCCAAGUGCGAAUUCCAUAAAGCCUUUCAAAGGAUCUAGUCAGUGGCACAACCAGAGAUGAUAGGUGACGAAGUGCAAACUUUCGGAUGAUUAGUAUCGACUAUAAUAAGCUAGGAAUCAGACGUUAGUAAACCAAUAACAAGCUUUGGUCACGGAUAAUUCUUGGUAACCUACAGUCUAGAAGGACUCGUGAUGGGCGGGAUCGAAUACAGCGAUGACGCCAGUAGAGCAAAUGACUGUCCAUUGGCAGCCAUCAUGGAGUACAAUGAUGCUCUGCAGUGUAAAUCAUUGGUCAGUGCACCUUCGUCCAGUUUAGUUUGGUAUCGUCCUCCAUUUGUGCACACUUCGAAACGCUUUGGAAUUUGCACUAAUAGUGACUGAGCGUCAGUCCUCGAGAAUCGUCGCAUUUCCCAACGCCUGCUCAAUCAUUUCGUGAAAUCAGGGCUCCAUUAUCACAUGGCUUUCGGAUUCUGGCGGAGGAGUCGUCCUCUUCGACAGGUUUAUAACGCGGCCUCAGUGUUUUAUUGGUUUCUUCCCGUGAAGCAGGUUCGGGUAGCAUUCGAUAGACUGGAAAGGGGAUGGACCUCGUCUUAAGAGGGAAGUGGAUGAUGAGAUAGCGCUCGAGUUGUUCACUCAGUGCUCGACCUUGGGCGAGUUAUCAGCAAGAAAGUUGUAAUCGACAUUGUGCGCAGUCAGUUAGUAAACCAAAGUGCCACUGCUCUUACAAGUGUUUCGCUGAUCUCGGUUUCUUCCUGUAUUAUCGAUGGGUCGGUGUCAGGGCGGAGUAAGCCAUCUUGUACAACUUGCCGGCGUCAUGCUAUCGCAUCCGCGGGUACUCGUAGUCGCUCCGCAAAACGUGAUAGGACACUGGAAUUGGACCAUAUGUUCGAUCGCUGAAAAACCUGGACUCGAGGCGCUGCCGACGCUGUAAAGAUGUUCAAUAGGUUCUUUCCACUCAUCGACCACUUCUUGAACCUAGAGUUUCAUGUCUGACUUUUGUUGGUUCAUCAGAAGAUCCGCAUGUUUGGUGGUUUCGUCACCCAUUUCGUAAAAAUAUGCCUGACACCGCGUCCGUGACAUCCUCUAAGUUGGUUUUCCAUACUCAGUCACCUGUUUGCCAAACUGACCUUUCAGAGCAUUUUAAUUAAAGACACAUUUGUACAUAAGAGCAUUUGUAAACAUAUGUCCGAAUGCAUGAGCCUAUUUUACUGCUCACAGUUCUCUUAAGCCGGUUUUUACGAAGCCUGCUUCAGAGGGACUGCGAUUGGAGGAACAAACUUGAAUAGUCGUGUCCCAAACACUUUUCUCCAAGUCUGCCCGCUAAUGUCAGACAAGAUCUAAUUGGUUCUUUUGAAUGCUACCAAAAAGCACAUGAGUACGAUGAAUGAUCCACCGGCACACUGAUCAUGCGUGCUCAUCAGCACUUCAAGAUUGCUUCAUUUUCGAGGACAUACACGUGUAUUUAUCUGAGUCCUUCAUGGAUUCCCACACUUCGUACAAAUCGCUCCAUUUAUCGCACAUAAUUCUGGUCGUCCGAUGUCACUUGCAUAUACAAUACCUCCGAACGACGCCGACGUCCCGAUUGGUGAGGGUCAGCCCCAGUUGCCAUUGGUUAAAACUAGUUCAAAACAGUUUCAUGACAGUUCAGCCGUGCACAAAUGGUUCAGUAAUCACGCUGUUGUACACAUGUGAAACCACCGACGUCUGAAUGAGUGAUAGCAUCUGCCCUGUUGGCUCGCGAUCAGAUCCUGAGCCGAUGCCUGUAAUAGCUUAUAGUGGGCACUGAUGGAAAUUUAAAUCGCGCACUUCUUAGAACGCCCUUAGUCGGAGAUGUCAUGGUGUCUUGUAUUCCCUUCCAUCCGACACAGUUUAUCUUCUUCUCUGCCUCCUCCGCGUACAUGAAACCAGACAAACGCAUCUUCCACUGCGUUGCGGAAAGGUUUGGCCAGACCACAGGCGAGAAUCUUGACUUGGAGACCUGUUUACGCCACUACGCUCACGUCGGCGAUUCAGGGGUGCGAGACUACUGGGGCGCCGUGCAGGCCGGAUGUGGUGGUGGCGCCUUCCUCUUUAAACCGCAGUUGGGCGACCAUGGAAGACAGUCUUCGGCUCAUGCCAAUGCUGCCACCACUGACUGGGCGUACACGGAACCGGAUCGGCCAACCGUGCCUCCGUGCAACAUCGUGUCCUCGCUGCUGGAACUGGCUAAUCGUCUCGAAGUGUAUAAUCACUUGUCUCGGGGGGAUUCGUAG